AUGAUAUCCUUCACAAAAUCUGAUAAAUCAUUAUCAAAGGACGUUAGCUCUUCCAACAAGCCAGCAUAUCUCAUAGUUCAUAGUACUGGAGAGAAACCUCUGUCUAAAUGCUCUCCCUUUCUGAUUCAGAAAUUAUUUGAAUCGACCAUUGGACAUCUGAAGAAAAUACAAAAAUUGAGAUCAGGGGAUUUACUUAUAGAAACAGCCUCUCCUCAACAGUCGACAAAACUCUUGACAACAAAGACACUGGGAGACAUGCAAGUGACUGUCACACCACACGGAAGUUUAAACUCAUCUCGUGAUGUGAUAUCGGAGGUUGAUCUGAUAUCUGAAGAAGAGACAGAUAUUCAGAUUGGCCUGUCAGACCAAGAUAUGACUGCCGUUCGACGUAUCUCCAUUCAUCGAGAUGGCAAGUUGAUCCCAACCAAGCAUCUUAUCCUCACAUUUAACAAGCCAAUAUUACCAACUUCCAUUACUGCAGGAUACCUCUGCUGUCCAGUUCGUUUGUACAUUCCAAAUCCGCUGCAUUGUUUUAAAUGCCAGCAAUUUGGACAUUCUCAAACAUCCUGUCGAGGGAAGAACAUAUGCGCACAGUGUGGAGUUGAAGGUCACCAGAGUACUGAGUGUACCACUACUCCAUGCUGUGUGAAUUGUAAAGACGCACAUCCCGCCUACUUCCACAAAUGCCCUGCAUGGCAGACAGAAAAAGAAAUCCAGCGUGUAAAAACAGUAAACAACUUACCUUACCCAGAGGCCCGUCGUAUGGUCACUUCAAGUGCACCACUAAAACAAAAGACAUUUGCUGCUGCUUUGAAAUCCACAAAGACAUGUGGAGUUCAAACCGACAUUUCUGUUUUCCCAAAGGAAUCUCUCACUCGGCAUGCGAAAUGUUUAAUACUCCCAUCACUAGAAACACCAGAACAGGAGAGAAUAAGAGUAAAAAUACCACUACCUAAGACAGGGGUAAUGACAAGAAACCUGGGUUCAAAAAAGGCUACUAAGAACCCACUAAACAAGCAGAGAGUGAAAGUGACUCUCUCUAAAUGUAAAAAAUCAGAAGCCCACUCUAUGAGUGAGUUUUCUGAUAUCUCUGAUGAAGAGACUAAUCAGGUGGUGACAAAACCAACAUCACCUCCAAAAGAAAAACCCCCUGUUAGAUUAAAGAGAGAUACUCUCACAAAGAAUGUUGCCUCAAACACAUAAUGGGUUAUAAAAUAACCCAAUGGAACUGUCGUGGUUUCCGCAACAACUCUGACAUUAAACACUUGACA